AUGGCAACAACGUCUAUAUCAAAGGCAGAGCAGUCUUAUAUUCAGACCGCUCUACUAUCAGAUCCUCCUUUGCGAACAGAUGGACGUUCUCUACAUGAUUUUAGAUCUGUAGCUCUGGAAACGGGCAUUGCACCGCUGGCGAAUGGUAGCGCACGUAUCAGCAUUGGACAGGACCCCCACGACGGGUCUGGGGGAACAGAAGUCUUAGCAGCUGCGAAAGUUGAGGUCGAAAGCGUAGAAGAAGGAGGGGUUGAUGCUGGACGCGUCGUCUGCACAGUAUCUUGUUCUCCAGCAGCAUAUCCCCAGCUCGCCACGGCGGCUUUGGAGGACUUACAGUAUGACAUGACGACAAUAGUUCACCAAACACUAUCCCAUCCAUCGCUACACCCAAAGAAUCUCCGAAUUCUACCUGGCAAGAAAUCUUGGCUACUCAAUCUAGACCUCAUCGUUUUGGCAGAUUCUGGAAACAUUUACGAUGCCUUGUUCAUGGCAGCUAGAGCGGCCCUAUGGGAUACCAAAAUUCCACGGACGAGGGCUGUCGAGUACAAAGCGAGGAAAGGUGUUCCUGGAUCAGCUGGUCUAUCCGCUGCCGUUGGCAAAGUGGGUGGAUCGGGUGAUAUGGACAUUGAUGAAGAGGCCCCCAGCGGGUUUGAUACACGGCAGAUUCAACACGCGACUGAUUUUGAGCUUCCUGAUUAUUGGGACGAGGGAGAGGUGUUGGACGGGAGAGAUAUAUGGCCUGUGUGCAUCACUCUCAAUUUGGUUCCCCCUGUGCAUUUCCUAGACGCCAUUUUGCGAGAAGAGGCCGCCGCCCCGCUGAAAAUCUUACUGAUCUAUUCCUUCCCCCCGUCGGAAAAGCCGAGGGUGCAGGGUAUGCGCAUGCUUGGCCCCGGCGAGCUGACCCUUGAACAAAUCAAAGAUCUUGUCAACAGAGGGGAGCACUACGCACGCGAUGUUUUUACGGCUCUUCAUACCAAAUUGAAGGAUGAAGACGUGAGACGAAAUCAAAAGGCAAGGGAAAAGUUUGAAAGGAGAUGA